AUGAAGAUAGCUGGAGUGAGGGAGACCAGGAGCCUCUUACUGUGGAUCAGACGUGGAGGGGUGAUCCUGAUAGUGAAGCAGAUAGCAUUGAUAGUGACCAAGAGGAUCCUUUAAAACAUGCUGGUGUGUAUACGGCUGAAGAGGUGGCACUGAUCAUGCGAGAAAAACUGAUCCGGCUACAGUCUCUGUAUAUUGAUCAGUUCAAACGGCUUCAGCACCUUCUGAAAGAGAAGAAGCGCCGGUAUUUGCACAGCCGGAAGGUGGAACAUGAAGCCAUAGGUAGCAGUCUCCUGACAGGCCCAGAGGGUCUUAUGUCUAAAGAACGUGAAAACUUGAAGCAAUUGAAAUAUUUAAGGCGUUAUCGACAACGCUAUGGUGUGGAGGCUCUCUUACAUCGGCAGCUGAAGGAACGUAGAAUGCUGGCUACAGAGGGUGCUGGCCAGCAGGCACACACUACCCGUUCUAGCCAGAGGUGUUUGGCCUUUGUAGAUGAUGUUCGAUGUUCCAACCAGUCUCUCCCAAUGACAAGACAUUGCCUUACUCAUAUCUGCCAGGAUACCAAUCAACUCCUAUUUAAAUUGUGCCAAGGGUCAGAAGAAGCACCCUGCAGCAAGCCAGUGCCUGUAAACCUUUCUGAAAACCCCUGCUGCCCACUCCAUCUAGAGCUACCACCUCAGAUGUAUAUUCCUGAACAGGUACUGUGUGUUCCUGAGGAACUGGAAACCGCUUCCACGGAUCUCUACUUGAGUGCAGCUGAACUCUGCCCCACGGAGAGUUUGCCACUGGAGUUCAGUGAUGAUUUGGAUGUUGUUGGAGAUGGUAUGCAAUGUCCCCCUUCUCCUCUGCUUGCUGAUGCUUCUGCUGCCCUUGAGAACCAACUGAGCAAAAAUGUGGCUGAAGUUCCCAUAAUUGUGUGCUCAGAUGAAGAAUCCGUUCGACAAGGACUUCCAACACAGUCAGGAAGGGGAAGUUUCCCCAGGCAAAUUACACUUCUUGCAUCAGAACCUCCACAAGAGCCAUCAGCGCAGAAUACGCAGCAUCUUGUGACAAGUGGCUCAAGGUUGGAGGACAAUAAGAAAGAUGAACCUGCAACCAAUGGGAAUUCAGAACCAGCUGCUAUCAACUGAGAUGGAAAAAAACUGUCUCCUGUCCGAUAAAGCAUCCGCUGCUGCUCUUGAACUCUCUUUUUGGCUUCCAGUGUUUUGCCAGCUCUCUAUUAAAUCUUCCCCAGAUUUAAUGUCUAUCUGGAAAACCAUAUGAGAGGCAGCUUUAGCAUGUUUGAGUGACUUCUUUCAGAUCUCAUUUCAGGGAAUGCCUUUUGGUUUCUGGUAUAAGUGGAGCAAAAAACAUAGGACAUCUUAAUGUUCAAUUAAUACACAAAGCAAAAGCCUCUGCCUUAUUCAUAGUCAUAGGCCCCUGAUAAGAGGAAAUGGCUUAAAGUAUUUUGCAUAGUUGAAUUAUUGGGAGUAUUUGAAGUCACAGGCUGAGCCGUGCUAAAAGCCGAGCUUUUUAUUAUCUGUACUGUACACUAGCCCAGUGAUGGCGAACCUUUUAGCCACCGAAUGCCCAAACCAUGCACGUGCAUGCCCAAACUGAAAGGUGCGAACACACGCAUGCACAGACAUGCGUGCAUGUGCAGCAGAGACCCAAAGAC